GCUGCAGGGAUGGAGGUGAUGGACAGCUGCCAGUUCUCCCCCUCCGAGUUCUUCUAUGACAGCUCCUGCCUCUCCUCGCCGGAGGGCGAGUUCCCCGAGGAUUUCGAGCCCAGGGACCUGCCUGCCGCCUUCGGCACCCACGAUCCCCCCGAGCCCGCCUGCUCCGAGGAAGAGGAGCAUGUCCGAGCUCCCACCGGCCACCACCAGGCCGGCCACUGCCUCAUGUGGGCUUGCAAAGCUUGCAAGAGAAAAUCCACCACGAUGGAUCGGCGGAAGGCGGCCACCAUGAGGGAGAGGAGGAGGCUGAAGAAAGUGAACCAGGCUUUUGAGACCCUGAAGAGAUGCACCACUGCCAACCCCAACCAAAGACUCCCCAAAGUAGAGAUCCUGAGAAACGCCAUCAGGUACAUCGAGAGCCUCCAGGAGCUCUUGAGGGAACAGGUAGAAAACUACUAUCACCUGCCGGGACAGAGCUGCUCCGAACCGACCAGCCCCACUUCCAGCUGCUCGGAUGGGAUGGUAAGAGAGGGGCAGGAGCGAUGGGGCUGUGGGCACCCCAGGAAGGCCCGCGGGCAGGUUCCCCUGGGCCCAGCGCCGUGGGGCCGGUCCCAGAGGUCUGAGAGGGGCCGACUGCAGCCGGACGUCAGGAAAAGGCCGACGGUUUGGGUUAAAACAGGCCCCUUCUCACAUUUAACGCUGAGCGUGCACAUGGGCUUUCCGGGAACGCAUGGGGGGACGGUAACGCUGCCAGAGGGCACCCGGCAAGCCCCUCAGCCCGCGGGGGCUCGCCUUUGUGUCCCCUGUCCCCCCCGCCCCCCAGCUUAG